GAAGCCCAUCGGCGUCGAGGCGAGCUCCACAUCAGAGCCCCACAGCUCCAAGAGUCUUCGUUCGGAAGUCUGUCUGGACGGUCGUGAACUUCGUGGCUCUUCCCAGAAUUCGAUACCGGUCCUUUGGGAGGAAAUUGAGAUAAUUCCUUGGUAGCGAUUCGAUUCCCAAAGUGCGUUGGAGUGUUCGUGGAGCACCUGUUUGCUUACUGUCGUUGUUACGCGGCUAAUUCCCGUCCACCCUCCAAGUGCGGUCCUGGAAGUGUUCAGUGCUUGCGGAUACUACAGAAACGCUUGGAGCGUGUACCUGUACACAUAUGGUUAGCAAUUAAUUAUCACCUGUUCCAUGUUAAUUAGUGUUGAGUGCAGAGUGCUGAUCCAUUGAAGUGAUUCUAAUGAAAUUUUGGAGUGCACGUUCCUAUUGAGUUGGCCACAUAACAUGGACCACUAGUGCGGAUCGAUUGUCGGCUGCCAGGUAGGGGAAGCCAGUCAGUUUCGAUGCUUCCAAGGAACGUGGAGUGAAUACGGAAAAUACACAAGAGACAACAGACAGACGGGAAAAACGUUAAGUGGCUAAUGGAACAAAAGGGCAUUCAGUGAUUUUGUGGUGAAAAGGAUAAAGAACGAAUUGAACGUUUCCUUUGUUAAAGCCCUCGGUGAAAAGUAAGGCUUAAAGGAACAUCGAACUCAUCGCCCGGGAGGACGAUAGACCGAGUGGAACUGUGGAGCACUGAUACCAUCGUAUAUAAGAAUCAAAACAAGGAUGCUGGCGCUGGUCUUUUUCGUAGCAGCAUUAAUUGGACCGUCCGUAGGAUUACCAUGUCCGAGAGGAUGUACGUGCGAGCAGGGCCGAGUUCGUUGCAUAAAUGUUCAUUUAUCAGCAAUCCCUGCGGUGCCAUCGGACACAAUAGUGCUAGAUUUACGAUUCAAUCAGAUUCGAGCACUACCAACUAAUGCUUUUGCCGGUUUUCCAAAUCUCAGUACGAUUUUCCUAAGUGAAAAUAGGAUCGGAAUAAUCCAUGAUGACGCUUUCGCGGGGUUGUCCCACCUUCGCAACCUCUACUUGAACGACAACAGAAUCAGCAAGAUCUCGGCGGAUGCAUUCCGAGGAUUGCCACAGUUACAAAAUUUGUACUUGGAGAACAACGACAUUUGGGAAAUCGAUGCGAAAACUUUCAACAACUUGCCGCAUCUUGAAAGACUAUAUUUACAAAACAACAAAAUCAACAUGAUCCCGGACGGAAUAUUUCAGGAUUUACCAGCUCUGAAGCGGUUAAGGCUCGACCAGAAUCCCAUCGACUGCGAUUGCGGUAUUCAUACCCUUCGCCAUUAUUUCACAAACAACAACCUGGCUGCCAUGGUGAACCUAAAAUGUAUUAGCCCACCUGAAAUAUUCAACAAAACAUUCGAGCAGCUGCGGGAAAGCGACUUCCAUUGUCAAAAGCCACAAAUUACCAUGGAACCCGAAGAUGUCGAAAUGACUGCAGGCGUGGAUGUAACUUUACCCUGUGCAGCAUCCGGCGACCCAACUCCUGAAAUCGUUUGGAUUCAAAACACCAACUUGCUGGAACAAGUUGGUCCUCGUAUGCAAAUCCUGGAAAAUGGUACAUUGAAAAUUACUCAUAGCAAUCCCGAGGAUACUGGAAUUUACGAGUGCAAGGCUAUGAAUGCAUUGGGUGAGGCUCGAUCCAGGCCGGUACGAAUGGUCAUUUACGAUAAUAACACACCACCUGGUGGGCGGCAAAUCAACCCCCGAGUAAUUCUGUCGCCGACUAAUUUAAGGGCGCCUACAAAUGAAGCAAUUCAUCUGUAUUGUAGAGGAUUCGGUCUACCUGCACCGCAGCUUACAUGGUACUUUAAUGACAGGAAGCUGUCGCAGUCCACUGCUCACAGGCAACUUCAUGCCAACGGCUCACUAAUCAUUUCGAAUCCCGAGGAGAGCGACGAAGGAACGUACAAGUGUGAGGCUAGCAAUCAACAUGGAACACAUUCGGCAGUUGCAAGGGUACAAAUCGUAGAGGUUCCGAAGUUCAUCCGGGAACCGGAAAGUCAAAAAGUGAUGAGUGGCGCAACGAUUAUCCUUGAAUGUGAUGCCGAAGGCAAUCCUGAACCGAAAAUCUUCUGGAAACGUAAUGGAACUGAAUUGACACCAUCCAACCUAAUAACAAAUCGAAUAAAAUUUGGUGAAGGUAACACAGAGCUACAAAUUCAACACAUCAAGGAAUCAGAUACAGGGAAAUAUACAUGCGUGGCGGAAAAUGAAAAUGGUGCCGUUGAAGCAAUUGCAGAUAUAAUCGUCGAGAGCUCCUGGGGGCCACCACGUCUCAUCGUCGAACCUUAUAAUAUGGAUGUACUUCCGGAUACUACAAUCGAGAUUCCUUGCCGGGGAGAAGGAGAUCCUGCACCACAGGUGAAAUGGCGAAAGGAUGGUCGAACAAUCACAGCCGAUAGAAGAAUCCGCAUUGGUGCCACAGGAAGUCUCUACAUUCAAAACGUCACCGUUACAGAUGGUGGCCGCUACGAAUGUUCGCUGACAAAUGAACAUGGACGCAAGACAGCAGCUGGACUAGUGACUGUAAGAGAUAAUGACAUCCUUGCACCUGGCGAUCGCUAUGUUCACAUUGCAUAUGAAGAAGCCUCUAAUGACAUCGACCUGGCAAUCGGUCGCACAAUGGAAAUGUUAUUCACGAAUAAAUCAGCGAAUGGACGAAACCAUGGCGAUCUUUUCCGCCUCUUCCGCUAUCCAAACCCAGCUGCACGAAACCUCGCUCGCGCUGCCGAAAUCUACGAACGAACCUUGGUCAAGAUUCGUAAAUACAUCGCUGAAGGUUCAAACCUCACUAUGAAUAGUUCAGAUUAUGAAUACAAAGAAGUUCUAUCACGGGAUCACUUGGCCCUUAUUGCUGAGCUGUCAGGCUGUACUACACACACCAGGCUUCUGAACUGCACGGACAUGUGUUAUCACUCUAAAUACAGAUCCAUUGAUGGUACAUGCAACAACUUAAACAACCCCACAUGGGGCUCAGCUUUGACAGCGUUCAGAAGAAUCCACAAACCAAUCUAUGAAAACGGAUUCAGCACACCAAUUGGAUGGAACAAAGGAAAGCUCUAUAAUGGUUUCCCGAAACCAAGUGCUCGUCUGGUGUCAACCACUUUGAUUUCUACGAAAGAGAUAACAUCAGAUACAGAGAUUACCCAUAUGGUGAUGCAAUGGGGUCAAUUUCUGGAUCACGAUUUAGAUCACGCUUUGCCAUCGGUGAGCUCCGAAAGUUGGGAUGGUGUCGAUUGUAAGAAAACUUGUGAAUACGCUGCUCCUUGCUACCCAAUCGAGGUACCGCCAAAUGACCCUCGAAUCAAGAACAGGCGAUGCAUAGAUCUAGUUCGCUCAAGUGCGGUAUGUGGUUCAGGAAUGACAUCAGUUUUCUUCGACACAGUUCGGCCAAGAGAGCAAAUCAAUCAACUCACCUCUUUCAUAGACGCUUCCCAAGUCUACGGGUAUAGCGAAGCCUUUGCCCAAGAGCUGAGAAAUCUUACUACCGAAGGAGGUCGACUGCGCACUGGAGUACAUUUUCCUAAUCAGAAAGACAUGUUACCGUUUGCGGCGCCCCAAGAUGGAAUCGAUUGUAGAAGAAAUGUGGAGGAAAGUAAUAUCAACUGCUUUGUUGCUGGAGAUAUCAGAGUAAACGAGCAAAUAGGAUUGCUGGCAAUGCAUAUCAUUUGGAUGCGGGAGCACAACCGCAUUGCAGACAAGCUGAAGGAAAUCAACCCCCAAUGGGAUGGAGACACCGUCUACUAUGAAGCGCGGAAAAUCGUUGGAGCUGAAAUGCAACAUAUAACCUACAAAUAUUGGUUGCCAAUAAUCUUAGGCCCAGAAGGAAUCGAAAUGUUGGGCGAAUACCGUGGAUACAAUGCAUCCCUCAAUCCAUCCAUUUCAAAUGAAUUCGCAACUGCAGCACUCCGAUUUGGACACUCGCUCAUCAAUCCCAAACUGCAUCGGUUGAACUCUAGUUACCAAGAAAUUCCCGAAGGACAUUUGGACUUGCAUAAAGCGUUCUUCUCUCCAUGGAGGCUGGUAUAUGAAGGCGGUGUGGAUCCUCUUAUGCGAGGAAUGAUAAACACUCCCGCCAAACUUAAGAGACCAGAGCAAAACCUUAACAAAGAAUUGACGGAGAAACUCUUUCAUAAUUUCCAUGCUGUUCCGCUCGAUCUAGCUGCCAUUAAUAUACAAAGAGGACGUGAACAUGGUAUUCCGGAAUAUAAUCAUUACCGGAAGUUCUGUAAUCUUCCAGUUGCUGAGACUUUUGAAGAUUUGAAAAAUGAGAUAAGUAGCGCAGACGUAAGGAACAAGUUGAAGAAAUUGUAUGGCCAUCCUGCGAAUAUUGACGUAUGGGUUGGAGGAAUCUUGGAGGAUCAAGUUGAAGGAGGCAAAGUUGGACCACUAUUCCGAUGUCUUCUCAUUGAACAAUUCCAACGAUUGCGUGACGGCGAUCGUUUCUACUACGAAAAUCCUUCAUCAUUCCUUCCUGAACAACUUGCACAAAUAAGACAAAGUAGUUUGGCUCGAGUGCUGUGCGACAACGGUGACAACAUAACUGAAGCUACAGACAACGUCUUCCUCUUACCAAGCCUUCAACAUGGGUACAAGUCCUGUGAAGAAAUACCUGGUCCCAAUCUAUAUUUCUGGCAAGAAUGCGACACAUGCAACUCUCUUCCACCUCUCCUUAGCUCCUAUGUCCCACAAACAUAUCAUCGGUCAAAACGCUCAGCUGCAGAUGACCCCAAGUCCGUUGUUGACUUUGUCGAUACCACAGAGGAACGUAUAACAGGACUCGAAGAACUGAUCAACAGCUAUCAAAAAGAACUUAAGAAAUUGAAAAAGAAGUUGAAGAAAUUAGAGACUUCGUGUAGUGCGAACACCAAGCAUCAACAUCACCACUGUCAGGAUUCAUCGGGAAAUCGUAGAUUGAAUAAUGAAAUCUGGAAUCAGGACGAAUGUACCAAGUGUCAGUGCAAACAUCCACAGGUUACCUGUAUCACUGAACGGUGCGCACCUGUAACAUGCCCCAAUAAUGUGCAGCCUGUAAAGUAUCCUGGAGAGUGCUGCGAACAGUGUCCGAGUACUACCCCUAACCCGGAGCCAGCAGUUGCAGCUUGAAAUUGAAAAUUUAUUAGUGACCAACUGUUCGUUACCACAGAAAAUAGAUUGUGUAAACUUUGAAUAGAAUGAAAACAGGUGGAAAUUGUUAUAAAUUGCUACCAUAGAUAUUAUAAACUAAGAACUCAACCCUUCUUAAUAGACAAAAUUUAUAAACAGAUUUUAAUGAAUAUGAGAAUACGAACGAGUUGAGGUUGAAGGUAUAUCGCUGAGGAUGUGGGAGAAAUUUUCGGUUAAUUUGCAAAAGAUAUUUUUAUUUGCCUUUCAAAUUUUAAUGAUGAUGAAAAUCUUCAAAUUUUAAUUAGUUUUGAACUAACUUAUUAUGAUAUGAUCAUCACAAAUCCUUUGAAUGUUUGAUUUCCACUUCGUCUUUGUUAUGUAUAACACUCCUAGUGAUAUAUCCUCACAGAAAAAUCUCGCUUAAACCAAUCCAAUUCAAGCUCACCAACUUGCGUGAAAAUGAUCAACGAAAAUGUAAUUUUUCUAAAUGUUUAUUUUUACCUUUGUUUUUUAUAUUUCUUUCCACUUUGAAUUUACAAAAUAAAUAAUAUACUUUGAAGCUAAAUUUUUAUCUUUUAUUUUAUUUUAACCCCAGAUACUUCCAUCAUUCUUAACAACUAAGCUGAUACCAAGCCUUUGCUUUCCCUUUUUCAUUAAGUUUUCCUGGAUCGUAUCAUUCCAGAAACUUAAUAACUGACAGUAGAAUGAAUAGUCCAAACCAAAAAAUUAAUUUAUUGGCCUUAUCCAGUUCCACCCCCAUAUAACUUGUAUCUUUCUUUACAAAAAAAUUUAAAGAUAAUCGAACUAUCUAAAAUAGUAAAAAACCGCAGUACGAAAGUGUAUUUUUGACGUAGUGCUAUUCCUUUAGCUGAAGGUAUAGAUGCAAAUUGUGGAAAUAUUUUCGUUUAGUCCAGUAUCCUUAUAGUGAUAUGAUGUGAUUUUAGGACUUUCUCUAAUUUGCCUUUUACUGAAUUCAUCUUAAAUUCCAUAAAAGAAAUUGGAACAGAUUCAGAAUCUGAGUCAAUUCAAAAUAAAUUUUAAAAAUGUCUAACGCACAAAUAUUUUUUUUUCUUCCUUCUUCCUAUCUACCGAGGGUUUUUAUUUAUUCAAAAACCAGAACUUUAUAAAAGUUUUCAAAUGCUAACAACUCCAAAAACCCAGUAAGCACUUUACGGACAUUGUUAAUAAAUGUAAAAAUAUAGGACCCUAAUUUUAAGUGUCGUUCAAAUGAUAAAACCGUAUAUGCAUUUACGACGACUGUGAAAUUACAUUUAAUAAAAUAAAUAGAAAAGAAA